CGGAGCCGCUGGGGGCGGGCUCUAGUCGCUGAGCCUUGGAGGGUUUUGUGCUGGGGUUCUGGCGCCGUGCAGCUGCGGAGCCGCGGUUACACCCCAGCCGUUCCCUGUGAGGACGAGGCACCCGCCGGGGUCUUACGUCAGGGGCCCUUCCAUGGCUUCCCAGGAAAGGGUGAAGGCAGUGACCAAAGGAACAGGGUUCUGGCGCUGCCCCAGGCCAGCCACUUACACCCCCGGGACCUACGAGCUGCUCAGAGUGAUGAUGAAGGAAUCCAAACUGACCAACUUCCAACAGCGCCACAUCAUGGACACCAUGAAAAGAGGAGAUACUCUGCCCCUACAGUGCAGCCCGACGUCCAGCCAGAGGGUCUUGCCUUCCAAGCAGCCAGCCUCUGCCAUCUACCUGCCCCCCAUCCUGGCGGCCCGGCCCCACCUCCGGCCUGCCAGGGUGUGCCAAGCCGGCGGGGCCUACAGCCGGGAGCCUUUCAAGCCUCAAGCCACCCGAGAUCUGGAGAAGGAGAAGCGAAGACUCCAGAACAUUUUUGCCACUGGGAAGGACUCCGAGGAACAGAAAAGGAAGCCCCCUCCUGUGCGACAGGAGGUCCCUGCCCCUGAGCUGGACCGGUUUGAAGAACUGGUAAAGGAAAUCCAGGACAGGAAAGAAUUCCUGGCUGACAUGGAGGCGCUGGGACAGGCCAGAGAGUACCGAGGGAUCAUCCUUGCUGAGAUCUCCCAGAAACUGCGGGAAAUGGAAGACAUUGACCACAGGAGGAGCGAGGAACUUAGGAAGGCGCUGGCCACCCUUGAUCUGUCUCGAGAGAGAGGGGCAGAGUAG